CCUCCCUCUAGAAAAAUGUAUUAUGUGCGGACAAAGUCUGAAAAGGGAACAGGAAAAAAAGAAAGAAAUCUAGUGUAGAUGUAACAGGCAUGAGGUGCGAGGCAUUUCCACAACAUGCCUCUGCUAUAGGUGAUAAGGAGCGUUAGAGGAGGUUCAGGAAGAUGCAAUCUCUCCUGACAGCUUUCAGCAGAUUACGUAAUGAAGUUGAUGUAGAAGAGGUCAUUGCUUGCGGAAAGUUCAAACCAGGUGGUCCAAUAAUGGUGACUCAUAUGAAACAUCUCUGGAUUGGUCUGUUUUCGCAAUGAUGCUUUAUACAAGUUUCAGGAUGUCAUAAUGACCUCUUACAGCCAAACAGAACAUCCCAUCGGACAGAUGCUUGCUGAUAUUAAUUUAGAAACUUAUCGCUCACUCUUUCAAACAUUAGGCUACAAAACUGUUUCAGAUUGUGCCCAAUUAAAUCAUGAGAGGCUGCAAGAAAUGGGAAUAUCACUUACUGGGCAUAGGAAGCGUAUUCUCAGGAAGAUACAGGAAUUUCUGGAGAUGGAACGCUUGCCUCCUGAGCAUUCUUCUGCAGAAGUAACAGGUGCAAGCAUGUUAUUAAAAAAUGAGGACAAUAUUACAAUGGUUGCAAAAACAUCUCACAGCCUUUCACAGGAAUCCAACACCACGCUCAUCAGCCCAUCAGUGAAUUGCUGGCCAUCAGGACAAACGGGUGACGCUGUUUCCAUGCAACUCAAACAGGUUGACCCGGAGAGACCAAGUGGAAACUCUGGAGAUUACAAUGAUAUAUUACUGGGUAACAGAGAACACAGGGACUCAGGGAAUUCUGAUUUUUUUGAAUUUCAAGGACCCAUGGUUGAAAAUGAUUUAUAUGGAGAAAUGAAUAAUGAUCAUAUGAAGAAAACAAAAAAUAAGAAAUUUCCAACAAGAUCGUUCAUAUUAAGAAAUAGACCAGUUCCUGACCUGCCCGUAUCUGUCACUGAGACGUCCUUCAAAAGCUAUGCCAAAGAAGUAAGCACAAUGGAUAAUUGCCCUGAAGGAAAUUUUACCUGCAACUUACAAAACCAGCAAUCUGGAGAUGAGAACAUUCAUCCGAUCUCGCCAUAUGAGGAGACAUUCUUUUUCAGAGCUUCAGAGUGCACAGAGGAAGCUUCCGGAGAUAAGUUUUCAGUUUCUAGUAAUAGUGAUCUGAACGAAGGCACCGGAAUCAACGCAAGCCCAGAACAUAAUUCUCCAUGUAAAACAUCCUCAAUGCAAGGACACACAGAGGAGUCAGUGUAUUCAUCACUGGAGGAAUGCACACUUCGGUUGGGAGGAACAGCCACUGUGGACAAGAGAAGACAAUCACUCCCCGAUGCCAGACUACUGAAAGAUAACAUUAGUCACCAUGAAGUAGAAACAUUGGUUCAAGAAAUUGAUCCAUUGUCCCAAGAAGAUUACUCAAUCACACCGUAUGCAUGCUUCUAUGGACCGUAUACCAUGCUGAAUAAAGCUGGCUGGUUAGACAAACUUUCCCCUCACAGUAGUUGCAUGUUUCAGAAGAGAUGGGUUAAAAUUGAUGGCCAUCAUGUUUCUUACUAUCAGAGUGACAGGGAUGUUUUUGCAAAAGGGAAGAUUUUACUGUCCGCAAUAACAAAAACUAAAAAACUCGGUGAGAACAAAUUUGAAGUUGUGACAUCGCAGAGGACAUUUGUUUUCCGAGCAGAAAAAGAAGGACAUAGACAUGAAUGGAUAAGCACUUUGGAACGUGUAUUAGAGACACAGGCAAAGAACUGUCCGGUGCUCUGUGUUGGUGAUAAAAGUGGAUACCUUGAGAUAAGAGGAUACAAAAAUAAAAUCUAUACCGUUAUAAAUGGAAGUAAAUUGUGGCUCAGUAAAAGCAAACAGGACUACAAUGCUGGGAUCACCAUCACUGACAUUACGAUGACUAUGAUCACUUUAAAAAACAUUGAUCGAAGGUGUUUUGAGAUCACGACACCUUUUAGAAAUUUCUGCUUUACAGCAGAGUCUGAAAGAGAGAAGCAGGAGUGGAUUGAAGAAUUACAGCAAUCAAUAGCAGAGACUGUUGCUGAUUAUGAAGUAGCUGAAAAGAUUUGGUUCAAUGAAUCGAACAAGAGUUGUGCAGAUUGUCGUGCUCCAAAUCCUGACUGGGCAUCGAUCAACCUGGGUGUUGUCAUUUGCAGAAACUGUGCAGGUCAACAUAGAACACUGGGAAGUAAAGUUUCAAAGGUGCACAGCUUAAAGCUAGAUACAGAAAUCUGGAGCGAUAAACUUAUUGAGGUUUUCAUUGUUCUGGGAAAUGAAAAAGUUAAUAGCUUCUGGGAAGCAAAUCUUUUGCCUGAAAACAUGCUUCCUGUGACCUCCACUAUUAAUCAGAGGAGAUUAUUUGUCACACAAAAAUACAAAGAAGGAAGAUUUAAAAAGAUACUUUCUCCUGACCCGACUCCUCAGCAGCUGAAUGAGGCUUUGUGUACUGCAGUGACUAAACCUGAUGUAUUGGAAACAAUGAUAUUAGUAUUCAGUGGAGCCAAUAUCAUGUGUGCAACUGGAGACCCCAUCCACAGCACCCCGUACCUUUUAGCGAAAAUGGCUGGACAGUCUUUGCAGAUGGAGUUCUUACAUAAUAAUAGAUUGUCAGAUUACAAAACAUCAGACUAUCUCGCAAAGACUGGAAGUAAUCAAAGUAUGUUUUAUUGUGGCUAUUUAUAUAAAGCUUUGUCCAGCUCUUCUAAGAUGUCAGCCUACCAAAAAAUAAAAGAAGAAAUGAAGAAAUGGUGGUGUACCAUAGACAGCAGUCUUCUGAGCUAUUAUGAAGAUGAAAGUGAUUCCGUGCCAGAGGGCUGUAUUGAUUUAAGUGAAUCUCUGUGUUUGGUUGUUCAUCCAUCAGAUUUCAAUCUGAAUUCACGGGCCAUCUCUACUUUUGAGAUCUUCUUAUUGUCAGAACGUAUGUUUCUUUUUGGAGCUGAAAAUGCAGAGUCUCAGAGAGAAUGGGCCAAGGCAAUAUCUAAGAAUUUUGUUCCUAAUGUAGAGGAAAAGUUAACAGAGUUAGAGUUUGAUGUAAUUGGAUAUUUACAUUACAAAGAUUCAUAUAGUCUUAUGGACUGGAAAGAAGGUUGGUUCGCCUUAGAGAAAUCCCGCCUGCACUACAGCAACGCUCAAGAAAAUAUUCUAGGAGACGUUAUUGAACUGAAGAAACUGCAGGAACUUACAAGAAGCUCAUCUGUGAUAAAUGGAGAAAAGAAAAAUGUUGUGCUACUAGUUGAAAAUGGAAGGACAUUAUAUAUCCAUGGACAUACGAUUCAGGAUUUCAUGGUCUGGCAUUGUGCAAUUGAAAAAGCAGCAAGUACAGAUGGCAAUGCGCUACAGGAUCAGCAGCUCUGCAAAAACAACAUUCCAAUUAUUGUGCAUAGCUGUAUGGCAUUUGUUACACAGUAUGGCUUGGGAAGCAAAUCUCUGUAUCUUAAGAACGGGGACCCGCUGAAAGUAAGGGAGUUGUUGGAAGACUUUAAAAAGGAUGCACGGAGCAUUAAACUAAAAGUCGGAAAACAUCAUCUGGAAGACGUGACUGAUGUGCUGAAAUGUUUUUUAUAUGAAAUAGAUGAUGCACUUCUGACAAAAGAACUAUAUCCAUAUUGGAUCUCUGCCCUAGAUAUUCAGGAUGAGCAGGAGCGAGUGGUAAAGUACAAAACCUUAAUUGAUACGCUCCCAACGCUGCAGAAAGCUACACUGGCAGCUCUAAUUGAACACCUCUACAGGAUUCAAAAAUGCUCUGAUGUCAAUUACCUGGACACGCACAUUUUAGCAAAAGCAUUUGCUUCUCACCUCUUUCAAACCAAAGGACAGCGUGACACGGAGGUCCAUGUUGUAGAGGAGCUGAUCAGACACUAUGCCGAGAUCUUUGAUGUAAGUGAGGAACAACUACAACAAAUGGAUAUUGAAAACCGUUUCAUUACCAAAUGGAAUGAUGUCCAGAUUCAAAGUCCACAGUCUGGUGACUUGUUGCUUGAGGUGUUCAUGGAAAGAAAAGACCCUGACACUUCUGUUAUUAUUAGGGUCUCUCCAAGAAUGGUAGCUGCAGAACUGACCAUUUGUGUAGCCGGCAUUAGAAAUAUCACCUUGCCUAAGGACAUGUUCUGGACUACGUUUGAAGUCCUUGAGAAUGGAGAGAUUGAGCGCCCCAUGCACUACAAUGAAAGAGUUUUAGCAACAGUUCUGGAAUGGAGCAUGCUUCGUGACCCGGGAAAUGCCUACUUACUUGUAAAACCCUUUCCUGCAAGCAAUCACCUGCUGAGUUUAGGCAGGUACACUUCCCUUCAAAUGCAAUCAGGCAAUAUGAAAUACAAAGAGGAUUCAUCAAAACUUCUUUCUGGAAAUAAGUUUCAAGAGAGAUAUUUUGUUUUGAGAGAAAGGAAGCUCCUUAUCUACAAAGACAUAAAGAGCAUCAAGCCAGAAAAAGUGUUACCUGUGGUACCAUGUAAGCUUUACAUUGGAGUCAAGAAGAAAAUGAAGCCACCAACAAGCUUUGGCUUAACAGUUUGUUUUGAGAAACAUCAAUGGUAUCUCUGUUGCAAAACAGAAGAAGCACAAAUGGAGUGGUUAAUUAGUAUUCUCAAUGCACAGUAUGCGGGUGAUUUAUUUCCAAGAAAAAGGAAUGAAAAAAUUCUUACAGCUUCAAAUCUACAGAUAACAGAAUUUUGUGGGAAAGCAAAGAUGAACCCCGCUGAAGCUAAGCACAUGCCUGCGUCUGAGAAAACAAGAAGAAAAAUGAAACACACAGCUUCGAGAGAAGAACUCAGCAAUGCAGUGCAACAGAGGAUGUCAAUGAUGGUGGAUGUUUUCAGUUAUAAAGAAGAAGAAAGGCUUAGCAACCAAAAGAAACACUACAGUUUGGUUGACCUUGACAGUCCUGAGAAUUAUAGCCGUGACACUAGCGAAAUACACACAAUGGAUGUCAACAGGCUACACAAUCCUACAGAUCAGAUGAACAAAGAGCUGUCAUCAAAUACACAACUGCCCCAGAAUGUUAUCAAGGAACUAAACCUGGUUAUUCUCAAGAGCAGAAAAGACAGGAUUCAAUGAGCAUUAUACAGAUGUAUUUCAAGUAUAUCUCCAAAUGUUUGUAGGAAUAGAAGAAGUUCUAUAAUUUCAAGAGUAAUUCAUUAUUAAUGUUAAUCCUAUAUGUGUCUCUAUUAAUAUUCAAAAUAACUCAUUUGCAGCUUAAUGACUAGAACAGUUUAAGCGUUUUUUGGAUUAACUUUUAUUUUUUUUAUCCUUAAGUC